CUUAAAGCGGCACCUUACUCCCUUCUCUGCUACACCUCUCUUUCGUAUCUACUUAGUGCAACAGAAUGAUGUCCUACGACGAGCUACAGGAUCCCAUCUCCGAGUACAUUAAGGACCACAGGAUCUCAGGGCUUAUGCCUGUUGCGGAGGUCCGAGUGAAACCUUCUGGGCUGGUAAUGCCAAAGGAGUUCAUCAAGUACAUGGAGAGGAUCAGAAACUUCGAAGUAAGACCUGAUGAUGUGUGGGUCAUAUCUUAUCCCAAGUGUGGAACUACCUGGACUCAAGAGAUGGUUUGGCUUAUCGGAAACAACUUGGAUUACGAAGCGAGCAAGAACAAACUGCUACUCCAGAGAUUUCCAUUUUUAGAGGCGGUUGGUAUCAUCAGUGAAGAGCAGAAGGAAGGCGGGGAUGAUGAUGAUUGGGUCUUCCAAGCAGACACCAUCUCUUACACUGAAGAUCUGCCAUCACCAAGGUACAUCAAGACUCAUCUUCCGGUGUCUCUUCUUCCGGAGCAGAUCUGGACCGUCAAACCGAAGAUGAUUUACGUGACCCGUAACCCUAAGGACGUUGCGGUGUCUUACUACCACCACCACAGGCUUUGGAAUGGAUACACUGGCCUCUAUCAGCUCUUCAUGCAAGCCUUCAUCGAGGAUAAGCUUGUAUACAGUCCUUUCUGGGACCAUGUGAUAGAAUACAAGAAAUUAGAAAAUCUACCUAAUCUCCUUAUAAAUUCUUUCGAGGAGAUGAAACAGGAUUUGCCAGGAGUGAUAAGGAAAACGGCGGCAUUCCUGGGAAAGACCUUGAGCUCAAGCGAGGUUGACCGACUCAGCGAACACCUCAGCUUCAAGAGUAUGAAGGACAACGGUGCCAUCAACGGCGAAGAAGUGAUCAAGGAGGUGAAGCAGCGGCACGGGCUGGACCCCUCUGACCCCCAGCUCGCCUUCAUCAGGAAGGGGGAGAUCGGCUCCUGGAAAACGGAGAUGACGCCUGACAUUGCCAAGCAGUUCGACGCCUGGACCACCAAGAAGUUGAAGGGUACCAUCCUUGAGAACAACCAAGUCUGAAAGGAAUGUGUCUGUAGGGGGAUGUAAAUAUUUCGUGGAAUUUGAUUAAUUCUAAACAGCACAGAAAAUUGUUUAUGUCAUAACAAUAAUUUUAAAUGAAAGUUAAAAAUCGAGGAGAUAUUAAACAUUUACUGGGUGAAAAGGUUUAUUUAUAAUUAUUUAAGCACUGAUAAAUUUCUAUUUAAUAUAUUUAUAUAUUUAUUAUUGUUGUGAUUUUAUUUUGAAUUAAAUAUAGCAUAUUUUUU